AUCGACACCAUGGUACCACCACCUUGGGACCGAGCUCCUGAAAAGGACACCUUAUUUGUCCUGGUGACAGGUGCCAACAGCGGCAUCGGCUUCGGCAUCUGUCAACGCCUCAUCGACGAUUACCUCUCCACCCGCUCCCUGACCUCCCACCUCAUCCUCAUUCCCACCACCCGCUCGGCCAAAAAGUCCCAAGAAACCGUCACCGCCCUCCGCGCCCACGCCCUACAGUUCGCCGAAUCCUCCCCCGCCCUCCGCUCCCGCACCGGCCAAAACUACGACCCCCACCAAGCCACCCGCCGCAUUCACAUCCUUUCGGUCCAACUCGACCUCUGCAACCUCCCCAGCAUCACCGCCGCCGCCGACCAGCUCCUCCAUGGCACCCUCUCCUCCUCCCCCUCCACGUCCCCCGACUUUGAAUCCCUGGAAGACGUCAAGAUCCCCCGGUUGGACUCCAUAAUCUUCAACGCCGGCAUCGGCGGCUGGUACGGUCUCAACUGGGGAAAAGUCGCCCACAACAUCCUCACCAAGGGCAUCGUCUCAGCAACAACAUGGCCGACCUUCAAGGGGGGCAACUCGGGCCAAACCAUCGCCCCCGUCCCGGGGAGCAAGGAGACAAUGGGAGAAGUCUUUUGCGCAAACGUCUUUGGCCACUACCUCUUUGCGCAGAAACUGGUCCCCUUGCUCUCCCGCCCCAAGCCAUCCGCCCUGCCCCCCGGAAGAAUCAUCUGGGAGAGCAGCAUCGACGCAGACUGGGACACCUUUUCCCUAGAAGAUUUUCAAGCCCUCAAAACCGACGCCGCCUACGAGUCGACCAAACGACUGACUGACGUUUUGGCGCUGACGUCGUCCCUCCCGACGUCGAAACCGUACGUUGAUCAGUAUUUUUCUGUGGCGGAAGACGAGACGCCACCCAAGAUGUACCUAGCGCAUCCGGGCAUCGUCCAGACGACGCUUUUUCCGCUCAACGCGUUCAUGUUUUUUUGGUAUCAGGUUGUGCUUUAUCUGGUGAGGUGGCUGGGUUCGCCGUGGCAUCCGAUCACGGGGUACAACGGGAGUAUGGCGCCUGCUUGGCUGGCGCUGCAGGAGCAGGAGGCGUUGGAUAGUGAGCGGGCCGAGAGGGUCAAGUGGGGGAGUGCGGCGGAUCGGUGGGGGAAUGUGUAUGUCAGGAAGACGGAGGUGGAUGGGUGGGGGUGGGAGGGGAGGGUGGAAGAUGUUGAAGAGUUGAAGGACAAGGGGUUGUUGAGUGGACGGAAGGGGGGGAUGGAGAUGGUCAAAGAGGAGAGGUUGGAGGAAUUCAAGGAGUUGGGUGGAGGGGUGUGGAAGAGGUUGGAGGAGUUGAGGGGGGAGUGGGAGAGGAAGGUUUGA